UUGCGACCUUUGGAUGUCAUUAUUUGUUGCCGAGGACAAGAGCUCUGCUGCUUCCAAGUCGCAAUAGUCGGGGAAGAAAUCGGAUUGAAUGAGCAUCAAGAUUUCCCCCUUUCCCCAUGAGAUUUUUGUUCUCCGCAACCUUCCAUCACCGGGCUGAACUGAACGAAAUCCUCCAUUCCAAACGAGCCGCCGCCGGCGAGUGUUGUUACCUCUCCAUCAUCCAACGGCGAUUCGUGUUCUUCCAAACCCCUCCAGCUCUCUCCCAAACCUGUUGAAGCUUUCUGUUGCAAUAGCUGCUGUCGCGUCUCUUCCCAGUAGGCGCGACCUCGUCUUUGUUCCAAGCAGUUCCGACAACGAUCCCAGCGUAGGCGACUUCCAAUUUUAUUUGAGUGGUGGUUAUCAUUGCGAAGAGGACGAUCCCAGGAGCGUCACGGUCUUGACGGAAUUGAGUUUCGACAUCGGACGAGGGAGAUACGAGCCUCGAAAGUUUGGGACGCAAAUCAGAGAGUUCAGGUAUCAGUAUUGGCAAUUCAAGAAGUUAGAGGAUUAAAUGUGUAAUUUUUCCAGAGAAGUCGUGGUCAACUAUGUUGACUCGAAAAUUACAGUUCUGGUACCUAGUACUUUUAAACUGAUAGAAUGUUUAUUUUGGUCAUAACUCGAUCAAUUGACGUCCGAUCGAGGAAUCGUCAGCGCCUAUGGAAUCGUGAUAACGAGGAGAAUUUAAUUGGAACAAGUAUGGAAAUUUUAGAGCAGUUUCAGAGUUGGUUUCGACGGAUAUAAGGUGAGUGUAAGUGGGGUAAAUUCUAAGCUUUACGUGUCCUUUCAAGUAUUACGAGCUUUAAGUAUUUUUGAUGAAGUGAUUGUCGUUGUUUGAUUGUGCUUAUGGGUGAUGAUAUCUGAUUUUGUUUGAGCUAUGUUGAAGUGAAUUUGCAUGAAUUAUUAUUUACUUAAAUCUUUGCGUUUAUAAGUUAUAGUUAAAGUUUUAGAAACAAGUUCUUUUUUAAGAAGUAAAUCACCUUCAAGAAGGUGAAGUCGUUUUAAGUGUUUUUAGUCACUAGCGCCAGUCCGUUGCCUUUUGAGACAUCUUGAGAUAGAGCAGCAGUUAUGCUCUUGAGACUUUUAAGAUGAGCAGCAGUUGUGCGCUUGAGAAUCGUGGUGAAGAGCCACCACGAUAAGUUUAAGAUGUUAUGGGGAUGAAUCGUUAUGACUUCCCUAACUAAGUUUAAGUUUAAGGAAAGCCUGGAUGGCUUCUCAUACGUAUGAGUUGGCAACCGGACUAGCUAGUGAGGGAUCCCCGUGUCAGUCAAGUAUUUAAGUCAAGAUUUGAGCUUUAAGAGAGGAGAGUAACUUCAACUCCCUCAAAGUUUAAGAGUUAAGAUUUUAAGUUUGGAAGUACAAACAACUUCCACUAGUCAAAGUUAAGUGUUUAAGUAAAGUACUCAAGUAUUAGAAGUAUUAAAACGUAAGGGCGUAGACUGACCCCAUCUCACUCACCAGUUUGAGGAGCUAGAGGAGCAGUUAGUGAGCAGCGAGUUCGAUGGCAGUUUGAGAUUUUUAAAGUUUGAGCUUAAUUUGCCCACGUAUUAGGGGCUUUGCAUUGAACUACAAGUGUGUUUUCAGUAUUUUAUUUAUGAAAAUUUUUCCUACUGCAAUUUAAGUUUUGAGUAUUUUAUUUAUCAAGGGAAUUUUAGUAAAAGUAGUACCCGGCCGAGUUAGGGUGUUUCAUUUUGGUAUUAGAGCCGGUCUUCCUCUGUUCCUUGGUCUCCAAGGCUUACUGGAAUAUCGUUCUCAGUUUUAAAGGCUUUUGUUUUAAAGGAUAGGAAAACGAGUCAGGGGUCUUCUUUUAAGAGUUUAUAGAAUCUCCAGUCUACUCUAACCAUAUUAAGGUGAAUAACUAUGAUGAUAGGGCACAAAGGGAUGGUAGGCCAGGGUGCGAUUGUUUAAGAAUAGGCUAGGACACGAUUUAGUUAACAUGUCAUGGUUUGUCAGAUGAGAGAUUUAGGCAUAUGGUGAUCGCCAGUAAGAAAGAAAGGAUGAAAGAAACGUGACCAACCCAAGUAGAAUCUCAAAGGCUCUCAAGACCAGGUAUCUCAUCGACAUGAUUGAUAGUAGUUUUUCAUUUAAUUAACCAACUGCUCUUACGUUAGCAAACAGAUCAUCAUCAUCAACCUAGAGAAGGAAGGAGGAACGUUGCAAAGGUCCGUGGAGGUAGAAUCAAAUGUGUGAGGACUUCAACUCCAAACACCAGCAAAGAGGUGCCCAUUGAAAGGGAAUACCUCAAGGAUUUCGAAGGAGUUGAGAGAGUAGUACGAGGAUUUUACUACGAGGAAACAAGUGGAUGAUCUAAUAAGCUAAGACAAACAAGGGGAGAAAUAUAAAUCUCCAAAGGAAGAGGAACAAUCACCAGGUGCCAGUAGCUAUGAUAAUAGGAUGAUGUUAGGGUCCUUGGCCCUAAGCAGUGGCGAGUCAAGAAACGAGGUGGUACCACGAGAAGUCCCUCAGCUAGUUUAGUGUUCAACGCUAUUGCAACACAGUGACAAGGAGCAGUGGAAAGCUUAGACUUCAAGAGAAGCUAGGGUAGUAUAAAUGAAGCAAAGAAGGUAUUUAGUAAGUUACAGGGAGUAUGAUAGGACGUCAAGAAGUACCAAUGUGCUAAUGAACAAAGUCGGGCUAGAAAGAGGAUGGAUUGGGAUAUGAGAGACCCUACAAACUACCCAGAUCACAAAAGGUUAGGAGGUCGUUGAGACCAUUGAAAGGGGAAUGCAAGAGUUCACGAUGAUCUGUUAUGGGAUUGUCCUAUCCUAAAUGAAGGGAGAACCUAGCCUCCUAGGGUACAUGAGGGGUGGCAGAAGGAGGAACCUCUCUACUAAGUUGGAACUAGAGGGCUAAGAGCUGAGCUCUCGGAACUAGCUAUAGAGUAAGUCAUUAAACCAACCGAGUAUAGACAAGUAACUGGAACGUUCAAUAAAUGUUCUAGUGAAUGGCAGAGAAUUCGAGGAAGCACAUGGAAAUUUCGAUGAAGUAGUGCGAAUAUGAGUAGGUGACUCGAGUUCAAGAAGCGGCAUAAAGAGGUACGAUGAGGAAAAGCAUUACCGAGAAGGAGGAAAUCAUUAAGUUACCUAUCCAAGGUGCCCCACUCUGAGUGGGAGCGGCAUAGUAGGAUUUCACUCAGAGGAGGCGACUAGUUAAGGAUAAAUCAGACACAUUUACUUAAGCUACUAAGAACCCCAACUGGGAGAUUAAGUCAAUGUACAGACAUUGCUCAAAACAAAAGCGUGAAUCUUUGACCCAAAACAACAAUGCAAAGAUACUAAAUGGAGUUUGGUGACCGAAUAUUGUAGAAAGCAACAACAGAAGAGUAGUAAAAGUAAAGAAGCAAGGAGAACCCAUAGGAUGAUACAUAAAGAAAAUGGUGGUCGUCGACCGAACGAUGUAUGCGUCAAGGAAAAUAGCUAGGACGGGCCAAAGUAGGAGUACAGCAGACAACAAGAAAGCAUUAGGUUUAUUACCAGUAGAGAACAGUUGAUCCAUAGGAAGUCCAUCGAGAAAUUUCGGCCAAUUGUAAGGUGGAAUCGUGGUCGUCAAAUAUAGUCGAAGGGAGAACCUUAACGGUCAAGGUACAUGAGUGAGAAGUGAAAAUAGGAACCUACGGGACUACAUCGAGAAUAAGGGAUAACUAGAUCUGGCAAGGAACCUCAAGAAGAAGGGUCGCGCAUAAAGAAGUAGUAGGGAUAUGAGUUAAGGGAACCUGCUGGAAUACCCCAAAGUGAAACCAAGGUCGCCUAUCCUGGUGAAAGGUGGAAAUCUCUUGGGAGAAAAUCUCUUUGUCGGGGAAACCACGAGGAAUUUCACCUAGGGUCAAAGAGUAGCAGAAUAGAUAGUACGAGAACUGCAAAUUCAAGCGACAAUAAGUGAGUAUUUAGUUAGGCGGCCAGUGGUGAACAAGCAAGCCAAGGAGGAUGUCAUGAUUCUUGAAAGAAGCAUUAAUUUGAAUGCAAGUUAGGGGUGCGAUGCAAUGGAUGCCUCUGAUGCAUACAGAAUCUAAAAGCAGUAGUACGCGGUUUCGGCGUUAAGAAAGACGUAACGAGGAGAUGACCUUUCAGGUUAUAAUCAAAUGAUAAGAUGAUGUAUCAAGGAAUAAAGUAAGAGAUAUAAGUUAGGAGAUACAAGGACCUAGGUGACCGAUGUGGUCAACCACAGACGGGUUUACGUUAAAAGAGUUUUGCGAUCGAACAAAAGGAGAUCACGCUGCCAUAAGUAAUCUUGGGGUUCAAUGUGGUAUUAACUUCUGAUGUACCAAAUGAUGGAGAUAGCGGAUGCCCUAAACACGUUCGAAGUAAAUGACCAAUGUGAAGGGGGUAAGAGGCAUUAGACAACAGGGCGUUACCGAGCAAGUCGAACACUCACCAUGAACGUUUACGUCAUGGAUUUGAAAGGUGUGCAUCAACAAUCGUGAAAAGGAGAACAUUAUAGGUCAAGAUACUGGUGAAUUAUUAGACGAUGUUGCUUAAGAAAUUGUAAGGGGGGGUCUUGAGAAACCGCGAUAAUCACAAGAUGUUUUGAGUAAAGCACCACAACAUCGAAGCCGUAUAUAGGUGGAGAAUCUCAUAGUUGUAUCGAGCUAAUAGCUAGCUAGGCAAGUUGUCUACGAGAAAUGGUUGAACUACCAGUCUUCUAAAAUCACAUCCUAUCGAAGGGAAGGAUGUAUAGCUCAGUGUCGCACAAGUUAAGGAGGUACAAUUCAUUGUAAAUAGAUUAUCACAAGUGAGACUUGAGGUCAUCACAACGAACAAAUUUCGAGGUCGAAAUUUUUCUUAAGGAAGGGGGAAAUGUGAUACCUCGAUCUGGACCUAUAUACUACAACCAACUACUUAAUGAGUUGGGUCACAAACCAGAUUGAACCAGAAUUUUGUUUCAUUAAGCAACUGAGCCUGAUCGCGGGAGUUAAAAGGCCAAUGAGUCACUUAAAGCUAUACGGUGCUACAAAGCUAUGUGAGGAUAUCUUUUAUGGUCCAGAGAAGUUAGAGGAUUAAAUGUGUAAUUUUUCCAAAGAGGUCGUGGUCAACUGUGUUGACUCGAAAAUUACAGUUUUGGUACCUAGUACUUUUAAACUGACAGAAUGUUUAUUUUGGUCAUAACUCAAUCAAUUGACGUCCGAUCGAGGAAUCGUCAGCGCCUAUGGAAUCGUGAUAAUGAGGAGAAUUUAAUUACAGCAAGAAUGGAAAUUUUAGAGCAGUUUCAGAGUUGGUUUCGAAGGAUAUAAGGUGAGUGUAAAGGGGGUAAAUUCUACGUCUUAUGUGUCCUUUCAAGUAUUACGAGCUUUAUGUAUUUUGAUGAAGUGAUUGUCAUUGUUUGAUUGUGCUUAUGGGUGAUGAUAUGUGAUUUUGUUUGAGCUAUGUUGAAGUGAAUGUGCAUGAGUUAUUAUUUACUUAAAGCUUUACGUUUAUAAGUUAUAGUUAAAGUUUUAGAAACAAUUUUUUUUAAGAAGUAACUCAUCUUCAAGAAGGUUAAGUCGUUUUAAGUGUUUUAGUCACUAGCGCCAGUCCGUUGCCUUUUUAGACAUUUUGAGGUAGAGCAGUAGUUAUGCUCUUGAGAAUUAUGGUGAAGAGCCACCACGAUAAGUUUAAGAUGUUAGGGGGAUGAAUCGUUACGACUUCCCUAACUAAGUUUAAGUUUAAGGAAAGCCUGGAUGGCUUCUCAUACGUAUGAGUUGGCAACCGGACUAGCUAUUGAGGAAUCCCCAUGUCAGUCAAGUAUUUAAGUCAAGAUUUGAGCUUUAAGAGAGGAGAGUAACUUCAACUCCCUCAAAGUUUAAGAGUUAAGAUUUUAAGUUUGGAAGUACAAACAACUUCCACUAGUCAAAGUUAAGUGUUUAAGUAAAGUACUUAAGUAUUAGAAGUUUUAAAACGUAAGGGCGUAGACUGGCCUCAUCUCACUCACCAGUUUGAGGAGCUAGAGGAGCAGUUAGUGAACAGCGAGUUCGAGGGCAGCCAGCUAGAGGAGAGCAGUAUAAGCGUCACGGAGGAUUCUUGGUCAAGGUUUUCAGUGGCAACAACUUCAGAGAUUAUUAGUUAUUUACAUUUAUGAUUAUGAGUACAGACUGGAGAUUAUUUUGAGAUCAGUUUGAGAUUUUUAAAGUUUGAGCUUAAUUUGCCCACAUGUUAGGGGCUUUGCUUUGAACUAAAAGUGUGUGUUUUCAGUAUUUUACUUAUGAAAAUUUUUCCUACUGCAAUUUAAUAUUUGAGUAUUUUAUUUAUCAAGGGCAUUUUAGUAAAAGUAGUACCCGGCCGGGUUAGGGUGUUUCAUAUGUUUUCCUGUUUCCCCAUAAUAUACUAGACGACUCCGGCCCCCCGAUCGUCAAAUCCUAGUUCCGCCCCUGGAUGUGGUCAUACAUACCCCGACACAGCUCUGGUCUUGUCAUAUCUCAUGUGAAAUCUUCAGUCAGCACCACAUGAGAGCUGUGACUAUCAUACAUGUUUGGUAUCCUUAUACAUGAUUCAUAUCCAUCUUGCGUAAUCAUGAUUCGUUACUUGCACAUGUUCUUGACUUUGCCACAAUUGGCUCAACAUAGGUAAACUAGGAGUCGUAUAAUUGCAUUUCCUCGGGAUGAACCCUCGUGCAAGUCAUCCUCCUUAAACAUCAUGAUAUUGCCCUGGGAUGUUUAUCCUCCCACUUGUGAAUCCAAAUACAACAAUCAUGAAAAAUCAUCCCCAUUCACCUUCUCGAACCAUCAUAAGAAAUAUCAACAGUCAAGCCCACAAAUUGCAACAUAUAGGCAAUCAUCAACAUAAACAAGGUCCAUAAGUAUUAGGGCAAGACAAUAAUAUCAUAUAGCACUCAUGAGUUCAUCAUAUAGUAUAGAAGUCCAUACACCCCUAAUCAUGUCAUUCUAGUUCACCUAAGUCAAUUCUAAGCAUCAAUAUAAUUAUCGUGAUACGACAAACCUGGUAUGCCGUGCUAAUCACUCACUAGUUCUGGUCAUUCAAACACCGAAUUUAGCCUCCCGUACUAAAACGUCGAUUUCACAAACGAAACCGGAAUCAAAAUUCAGAACCGUCCUAGUAUCCCGUACAUUGUCCCCGUCAAUGUUAGUUCUAGGCUCCGGGUUAAAUUCUCUAUAAAAACACAUCAAACCCUAGCCGAAGCUAAAUUCAUCGAUUUCGACUCCGAUUAAAUAAUUGUUGAAAUUCAUGGAUUAGAACCAGAGGAUUAAUUACCUCGCUGUACGAAACUUGUAUUUGAAAUUUGGAUUUAAUCCGGCUUCCGGAUCCUCCAAAACCCUAAUUCUUACGAUCGGCAACUUAGAGAAUUGUCAAAGCAAAAUUUUACUACAAGCUCGGAAGUGGAUGCACUAUGUUCUGCUGAAGGAAUACGUACCAACUACGAGAUUUUUCGAUCGCCCAAACACUUGAAUCAACUCUUCUAUUUUCUCCCGAACCUCCCCUGUAUCUGCUAUGUUUCGCUUCUGGUCUUUGGAUGUGGAAAUGGAAACGAGACGGAAUAAAUGGGACGGAAGUGGAUAUGGAAUGGGGUGGAUCAGAUAUGGUCCUCCCAAGUCCCACCUAGUGUUGGGAGGACGUUCUCCCAACGGAGAAUAUGAUAUUUGUGUAAUGAUAAUAUAGUGUACGAUUUACAGGAAUACAUAUUCGUUUAACAAGAAAGAUUUAUUCUUAUAAUAGAUAGUAGUAUGAAAUCAAGCCUUCUAGAAUAUUAUAUUCUCAUAACAUAAAUAUAAUCAAGCUUUUAAGAAUAUCAUAUUCUCAUAACAUAAAUAUCAUAUUUUUGAAAGCUUGAUUUCAUACUACUAUCUAUUAUAAGAAUGCAUUUUUCUUGUUGUACAAAUAUGUAUUCCUAUAGACCUUAUACUAUAUUAUCAUUACACAAAUAUCAUAUUCUCCGCUGUGAUAACGUCCUCCCAACAGUAGGUGUGUGUGGACCUUUUCUUUUUUGGGAAUGGGGGAAGAGCGACAUGUACAUGUAUAGGAAAGUGAUCAUUCCACCUCAUCCUUACCGUCCUUUCUUUUCAUUUGGAAUUUACUUUAGAUUUGGUUCAACAGCACACACGUGUAGUAAUACUAGUAUCAGUAUAUUUAUAUAUAGUAAUUGGUACUUAUCCAAUCGAUCGAUAUUCCAGUUUCAAUAAAAUUCACUGAAAUGGUCGAUUUUAAUCGCAUAAUUUUCUAGCAACUGUAAUACGAGUUUAGACGGAAUGGGAUUUUACAGUUCCUCCACUCCCAAUGCAUGCAAUCAAUUGAUACAAUCAUACCAGAGAAUCAUCCUUGUGAGGCUUUACGAAGUAGGAUUCUUAAAUCAUCAGGAGUUGGUGCACGAAGGUAUGUCGACAAGUAGAUCCCCACAAUGGCUCUGCAAAACUUCCUGAAGACUUCCAAUACAGUGCUCUGACCCAUACGCACGUAGUCAUCAAGUUGAUCAACUAGAGAGCCAUAAGCUAGCAUGCGCAGUGCACUAGUAAGCUUUUGCUCUGGCGAUUUCCCUAAGUGACCAACGACAUCACUCGCUCGUGCAAAAGAAGGAUCAAACCUCACAACGCCACCCAUUAUGAGAUUGAAUAGUCGUGGUUUCAUCGGAAAAUGCCUUCUGGAGGAUAAUCCACCCCAAUUGGCGGUGGUACAACAAGAUGGGCGCCGCAAAGGUGUUGGUACAGCAGUUAGCCCCUGUCAACAUCCCUGACUAGUCCAAGAUUAGCGGCCAAAAGCAGUGGCCCAGGAAAAGCUGCAAGAAGCCCACCAAUGCGUGGAUGGGAUUCGAUGAUGAAGACGACGACGAUAAGGAUGAAGAAUGCGGUGACGACAGUGAGGACAGUGACAAUGGGGAGGAGUACGGUAACGAUAAUAUGGAGCCGUCAAACGAGAUGAUUUCGAAGAGGAUGGAAAUGACCCACAUUUCGUCCUUCUCUGUGUUGGAAGGUGUUGGGAGGGAGCUCAAGGGGAGGGACCUUAGCAAAGUCAGGAACGCCAUUUUGACCAACACAGGGUUUCUUGAAUCCCCUUGAAAUCAAUGAAUCUAAUUAUUCUUU